GGCAAAAAUAGCGCGUUGGUUAAACUUCAAGGUCGAUGCAAUUUUGCUGUUUAGCAGAUGUUACGAUUACGAGUCCCAGUUUUGUCGAUAUGCAGAUGUUCGAUUUCUGGGUACAUGGGAAGACUGUUUCACAGGCCUGUUCGAUCUUGGCACAGUCACCUUCAGUGGAAGAGUUUCGUAUGACAAAUGAUAUGUUGGCUGCACAUGUCAGAGAUCACUUUGCACAGUUCACGCUGUUAGAAAUGGGCUUGCGACAUCCAGAUUCUUUCAUGCAAGACUGUGCAUACCAUCAACUUACACCAGAGACUCGCAAACAGCUGAUUCAUAUUAUAUUAGGAAAGGGUUUUAAUACAAUUGAUAAAUUAUCUGUGAAAAUAUAGUUAGUUUUGUCACUACACUGUUGAUGAAUGCUUAGAUAUGAAAAGUCGAUUUUCACGUGUAUCCACAACUUAUGAUAAAGGCCGACAGUUAUCAAGUGCACACUUGUAGCUACACUGAAUUAACAUUUCAUAUUAUUUUAGAAGCUUUUUGCAUUCUCAGUAAUACUCUCUGUUCACACUUUAUGAAUAUUUGCAGGAUUGGUAAAGGUCAAAUGGUAUAUUAAUUUAGACAGCAUCGUGCUCUUGUGUAACGUAGAGACUAAUUAAAUCACAAUUGUUAUUUCCCUAUCCUGGUAUUAUAAAUCCGUAGGACCAUUUCUACUAGAACUGUUAAAACGAGCAACGAAAUUCAGUGAGUCAGUAUAUAGUAAAUCCAUAAGCAUCAGUAGAACUGCACUUACUUCAAGACUUAUGUUGAUGUAAGUACAGAAAUAAGUGCAGUGUUGCGUCACAAUACAAACAAAAAAGCAUGAUAACGCGUAUAAUAUUUUGGUGCUUCAAUUAUGUGUGUUAAAAUCCAAGGUGUACAAAUUUAACAAUUAAUUCACCAAAUCCUAACUCGCUAACUUUCUUAUGGUGUUUUAAUUUUAUGUCGUAAUAGGAAAGCUUCCAAAUAUGCUUGAGUUAAUGUUAUUGAUCAGUCGGUAUAACUCUUUUUUGUAGACUAAAUGCUAAAAGAAUAAAGCUGUUGCUUUGUGAGAAAGUUAGUCAACGUAGAUGCAUAGAAUUUGUCAGGUUAUCCCGUUUUACAAGGCAUGACAUAUUAAAACAGUAUUAUCAUUUGGAUUAGAUACAUGCUAUGUUCUCAAAUGGUUCCGGUAAUAUUUCCACAAAGUCCGAAAUCUGACCAUCAGUUGUAUGCAGCAUAUUUCACAGACAUCAAACAAUAUUCUCCAACAGUUUAAUUAGUUUAUGUGCAACUCUGUACAUAGUCCCAGUGCUUUUCUAAAGUGGCAUUCAAAAAGUCAACGCAAUUUAAAUGAUAAUACCGGAUAAAUUCAUAAAAUUGGAUCCAUUACUUUUGAUUGGACAUUAACUAGUGUAAUGUGUGUAGUCCUUUUGUUUACUGCAGACUGAAUUCCAUCUGUCACUGGGUGACACGAGUUUGAAUUUCAGCAGAGACAUGAGUUCCUUCAAGAUUGCAGAUACUCCUUGCUGACGAGUGUCAACAAGCACGAAACUUGGGCUCAAGGUUUCCUGCCGAUUUCCUACAACCAACUUAUUUAAUCCAUUAUACUGAUACUGUCUAAUCCGCAACUAUUUGGUUAUAAUUUGAGUGUUUAAGUCAACGAGGCGUAACUUCAAAAAGAGAUUAACGGGGAAAGCAAAUGUUAGUUAAUAGCUCUGCAAGUUAUGUUGCUACAGAACAUUUCUUCGAAGUUAAAAUCAUGUUCGUUUGUCCUAUGAAUGACGAGGAUGCCUUUAAAUGUUUUUCACCAAUUGAUAAAAGUUGCUUUUAUACAGAAUAAUAUUAUUAUUCUACUCUUAUUUGUUUAUAUGAAUAUUAUGUCUCCUAGGUAUUAUUCUCUUGAUGAAAGUUUUUUACGUGAACUUGUUGGUCGAAGACUGUCAAAUAAAUCUCGACGUGAAAUAGCCGACAUUGCUGAAAAAUGUGAACUGCAGUUGAGAAGUUGUAAAAGACAAUUCGAUAAUUUGUCUUGUGUUGCUCGUCGGACUGAAGACUUACCUGGUCGUCUAAUUGAUAAUAUAAAGAAUUGUUUUCUUUUACCAGAACGCCUUGCUGAAUGUUAUGCAGCUGUUAUAUUUAUUACAAGUAAUAGAUUCGAAACGUCCAAAAAGAGCCUUUCAUAUCUUACAUUUGAGAAUUUAGCAUAUUGUGCAGGUCAACUGAUGGCACAUUGGUCAGCUAGUGGUAAGGAUUCAAAAGGUGAAACACUUGUCGGUAUUGAUUUGGAUUUACAAUUUUUGCAUGAUUUAAAGGAAUUCAAACCAUUAAUAGAAAAGAAGGAAUAUUUAGAUAAACAUAAACAAUUUGUUAUCCGUAGUCUUACUGAACUUCAAGCAAGGAUUAUUUUAACAAAUUUAGAACCAAACUUUAAACCUAUUUCAAAGGCAAUCAUAAAUUUAGCCUGUGGUCUAAGUCAUGCUCGAGAAAUGCGUGACUUUUUCUUAGAUAUCAACGAAAAAAUAAUUGAACAAAUGCGUGCAUUGAAAUGGCCAUCAAAAGAAGUUCAAUUGUUUUUCGAUGCCUAUCAUAAUACAGUUAAAGCUUUACCACCAGGAAGGUCACCUACAUUUCUCAGCAUAUGGACACGUUUUAUUAUUCCAUUCUCUAACUGUGUAAUGCAUUUAUAUCAUAAUUGAACAGUGUUAUAUUUUAUAAUGGUUAUGGUCCUGUUGUAAAUAAGAACAUUCUAGUCAUGGUAGAUAGAUAGUUGUUCUUGUCUAGUACUUGCAUGAAUUUUUGAUUUUAUACAAAAUACUUUAUUCUCUGGUUUAUUUAUUUAUAUAUUCUUGUAAAAGCCAAUAAAAUUCUUCUCAUAA